AUCCGUUAUUUUCUCAUUACAACUCACAACAGAAUCAUGAACACUGCCACGCUUUCAAACACGGCCAAAGAAGUGCUCCACGACCUCUCUCCUUAUCUUAUAGAGUAUACAGAUGGAACCAUCGAGAGAUUCAUGGUCACACAGAAUGUCCCGCCGUCACCGGACGACCCAACUACUGGCGUAGCCUCCAAAGACAUAAUGGUCAGUUCACCGGAGGUUAAAGCCAGACUAUUCCUCCCAAAGCUGACAGACUCCAACCAAAAACUCCCCGUUUUAGUCUACUACCAUGGCGGUGGAUUUUUCGUUGAAUCCCCCUACUCUUUGUUCUCCCACUGCUACAUGAACAUUUUAGCCGCCGAAGCUAAAGCUCUAAUCAUUUCUGUUGAAUACAGGCUCGCCCCUGAACUCCUUCUACCUAUAGCCUAUGAAGAUUCAUGGACUGCCCUUCAAUGGGUGGCGUCGCACGUUAUUGCAAACGCUUGUAUCGAAAAGGAUGAAUGGGUUACUAAACAUGGUGAUUUUGGCAAACUGUAUAUCGGCGGCGAUAGUGCAGGCGGCAAUAUAGUGCAUAAUAUUGUUCUCCGAGCUGGGGUGGAACCUUUGCCUGGGGAUGUGAAAAUCUUGGGUUCAUUUCUAUCUUGUCCUUAUUUCUGGGGAUCAAAACCAGUUGGGUCGCAAUCAAAAGAAGAUUUGAAUGGUUUUGCAUAUAAAGUUUGUGUAGGUUCCGUAUUGAUUAUAUUUUUCAUUUUCAUUCUUACAAGAAUGGAAUCAAACGGGGGCUAAAGUUGCACAAUUUAGUUGCUAGCUGAAGUUUCAUAUUCCACACUUUUGGAGAUGAAGAAUCCGAUACGUUUCGUGUGUCUAAAAUGUUGUAAUAAAUGAUCAUAAGUCAACAAAGCCUGUCUGUCUUGCAUUUAUAAAAUUACCAUAAAAAGCUUUGAUAAUUGCAAUAAAA